AUGACAUUUGAUCCGCGGAUGAAAUUUGUUGCGACAUUCCGUCACCGAAUCAUGAUGCCACCAGACCGCCGCCUUUCCUUAACCCUCGAAACUGGGCCUUGCGGGCAGAAAUCGUUCCACCUUCUACUUGAGGACUUGAUCAACGAUCUUGCCCCUCGGACCCGAGGGUACCUGGACGGCCUGAACGACUUCAACGAGUAUAAAAAGACUCGUCGCCAACCGCAAGAAAUCUUCAAAGCUCAAGCCUCUCACCACAAACUUUGCCCCCCUCCACCAACCCCCUUCUACAUCAUGAAGAUUUUCCACACAAGUUUCCUCGAUGGGCUUGCUGCUCUUCUCGUUCCCGGACAUCUUUCGGCAACUAACACCCCUUGUCGGGAUAAAUGCUGCAACGUAAAGGGGAAGGAGGCCAUGCAUUAA